GAACCCCGGGCUGCUGCAACGGCAAGAAAUGCCCCCACGGCACCCAAUGCUGCAAUGGAGUGUGCAAGGCAUGCUGCAACGAUGGGCACUGCGGAGCGGGGAAGGUCUGCUGCAAUGGACAGUGCUCCAAUGGACAAUGCUGUCCGGGAACCCCGGGCUGCUGCAACGGCAAGARAUGCCCGCCUGGUACCAAGUGCUGCAAUGGAGUGUGCAAGGCGUGCUGCKGUGAUGGGGACUGCGGAGCAGGGAAGGUCUGCUGCAACGGACAGUGCAAAGAUGGAGACUGUUGUCCUGGAACCCCAGGCUGCUGCAACUGUAGGAAAUGCCCAGCCGGCACUCAAUGCUGCGGCACAGAAUGCAAGGCUUGCUGCUCGGACAGUCAUUGCCCAAAAUCGAAGAAGUGCUGCGGUGGAGUGUGUAAGGACUGCUGCAUAGACAACGAUUGCUGCGCAGUCGGCCUCAACAAGUGCUGCGGUGGUUUGUGUCGCCAGAAUUGCUGCGCCCAUAGUGAUUGCGGAAGAGGGAAGUGCUGUGUGGGAAUGUGCAAACCACAGUGCGGUGGCUGCAGGCCAGGGUGGUUUCACGGGGGAUGCAACUAGAUUGUGUACAGCACGAAAGCCCGAAUGCCGGGAAUGAAUUUGAGGAGAUGCAAUCAAGGUUGGACAGUAGUCCUGAGGACCAAGGAUCCUUGAUGAUUGUCACUCCUGGUGAGGAAGCUGAAACUUGCAUGUCAGGUCAUCUGCAGCUCAGAGUCUGCACUUAACGUUCAUGGCACUUUGUGCCUUGUCUUCUGUUAUGUGUCGGCUCUUUUGAUAAUUUUUCGAAUCUAGCUAUGAGCAAAUCAAUGCCCAGGAAUCAAUUCUUUACCAUUUGCAUCUUCUUCUUCUUUCUUCUUUCUUCUUCUUCUUCUUCUUCUUCUUCUUCUUCUUCUUUUCUUCUUCUUCUUCUUCUUCUUCGUCGUCGUCGUCGUCGUCGUCGUCAUCGUCUUCGUCGUCGCCGUCAUCGUCAUCGUCGUCGUCAUCGUCUUCUUCUUCUUUAGGACUUCAUUACCAAGACACAUAAGCUCUGCAUUUGAAUGAAGCCAAUUAUGCAGUUGCUGGGCAUGGCACGCAGGCAAAAUCUGAGAUAGGUGGUGGGUAAUAGGAGAUCUUUAUAUGGGAAGCUGCCAAUGGAUGGUGCUGAAGUUGAAGAUAAGCAUUUUUAAGAUUUAAGGAUCUACAUGCAAUCGUAAUGUUUGGGCAUGGUCCCACUAGCAACUGGAUAGGAUAGAAACGAGUUUGUGGGGCAGUUGACCCAAAUCCUGCCGUGCAGUACUCGUGAUCCCACGGUCAGUAUUUUACAUGUAUUACCCGAAAAAGUAAGGAGAUCUUCGUUCCCCUCCCCCUCUCCUUAAUACUGGGCAUGCCCGUGC